UCUCGUGCUGUUGGAUUUGAAGUGAUAAUUGCCCGUGGUUUAGUUGCCUCUCAGAGUCAGUAAACUUCAUUAUUUAUUUGCAUUUCUUGAUAUUUUUUCAUUCAUAAGGCAGAAUAAUCUCUUCCAAAACCAACGAAAAUUAAUAAUGCCAGGAAAAAGAAUACUCGCGAGUGAAAUCGAUAACAUGAUAAAAAAUUUUGCUGCACGGUCAGGCCAUUCCGCGAGGCCCUCAAGGGAGCCCCAGACGGAUGUCACAGUGGAAAGAGAAACUUAUUAAACUUUUGGUGCGUGAAAGGGUUAAUGUUGAAAAUGUAGUGCUGUAUUAGCUUAGGAAAAGACAUUGCAUAUCAACCUUGGAACAAAUGAUUAAAAAGCAAUAAUUUGGGACCUAAUGUUUAGGUCAGUGUAAAUUCAGAGCCCUUACAAAGAAGAAAAAUCUUUAAAAGUGACAGUGUGAAAACAUUUAAGGAUAAAUUUUGUUUAAAAUGUGUUUGGAGCCCAAAAUUGCCAAGAUGUUCAGCCGCCUCAUCCACAAGGCUGAGCUCAGCACCCGCCUCAUCUUGGAGCUACUGCCACCACCCCCACCCAAGCCAGGAGGUACUGGGGAUGAAGAAGAGGGUGGGACAGGAGAGGACUGUGGGGAGGAGCGUAUCCAGGUCCUCUCCCUUCGCAAGUUGCAUGAGGAUUUGCGCUACUUUGGUCAGGUGUUUAGAGAAGUGGCAGAGGAGCUGCAGGUACACCACACCUUUACACACCUAUUGGAAUGUGUGGAAGCAGAGAAGGAGGAGCAGCAACGCAAGGCAGAGUUCAUUGCACUGCUUCAGGGGCAGCGUUGGCGGGCACGUCAGUUUGGGAGAAGCAAUCGCCUGCGUGGCCUCCAGCAGGAGCUGCGGGCAGUACAGCAAGAUACUCUUAAUAUGAUACUGGAAAAGGACAAAGAAAUUUCAGACCUCUUGGUGACCAUUACUGAUGCAAAGCGACUCAAUCCAAGGCGGGAGGAAUAUGAGCAGAAGGCAGCUGAGGUACAGCUAGAGAACCUGCAUUUCUUGCUGGAGCGUGAGGAGCAAGCCACCUGCCAGGAGAGUGCCAGAGUAGGCCGAGAAAUACCCCAGGAGGUACGAGUUCACACUGCACUCAGUGGUUUUCUUCAGGAGAGCUGUGCCCGCCUGGAGGCACUCAUUGAAGAGUGGCAACAAUGCUUCACCACCCAUGUGGAGGAGAAGGGACAGGAGGUGGCAAAGUGGAGAAAGGAAGUGAAAGGAGUGCAGGAGAAGCUGGCAGAGGUGAUACAGCAGCGUGAAGAAAUGCAGGAGGUGGUGGAGAAACAUGAGGCAGAGGAGGAGGCAACACGGCUUCGGCAGGAGGAAGAGAAGCAGCAGCAUGAUGCAGCAGCCAAGAUCCAGGCGUGGUGGCGUGGCAGCAUGGUGAGACGUGGCCUUAGUGCCUCACUCAAGAAGAAAAACAAGAAGGGGAGGCCAGCUAAGAAGUAGAAAAAGAAAAUGGAAAAUAUAAAGUGAAGUACAUAGGAGCUGAAAAUAUAACUCAAAGGUUGAUUCAUCAGGAUAAUUAUAAUGUGGGAAAUGAGUGCCUUAAAAAGUUAAGCUGAUAAAGCAAUAAUUGUGAAAACUACUAGACAGAAAAUGUAAAAAUUAUGAAACGGAAAGAAAACUAUCCACUAAAGAGAGCACGAGGUGAACUCAUACUUGUGCCUCAGUAUUACGAUCAUCCAAAUAUGUUAUUUUAGUAAUACUCAAAAUCUAGACUAAAAUUUUUCAUCUGCAUCUGGAUCUUCACAAAACACAUGGAAUGGUAUAUAUUACUGGAAUAUUUUAAUCUGCCUUUUUCAUAUGCUUGUAUUGAUUCAUGAGAAAAUUUUGUAUAUUCAGUGUUGUAAUUUGCUACUUUUUACAGAGACAUAAAUUUGCAGUUCUAUUUCCUAGCAGAAUAUCUUUGAAAGAAUUUCAUCCAUCUUUUUGUUUAUUGUCA